AUGUCUGUUCGAGAAUAUGCUCUUACCGAUUUGAUCGAAUCGGAUCCUCGUUUUGAAAACUUGAAAACUAGGCUAGCUGGAUACACCAAAGGCUCUGAUGAGUACAUUGAAGAACUAUAUUCUCAAUUACCACUGACUAGCUGGCCAAGGUAUAAAACUUUUUUGAAGAAACAAGCCGUUGCAGUUUCAAAGGCUAACAAUGAGGCCGGAUUAAGUCCAAUUUACAGGAGUUCCCUUUCUCCGGAACAUUUGGUCAGCUGCGUUGAUAAAAACCUUAGAACAGCUUACGAUCAUUUCAUGUUUUCCGCCAGAAGGUGGCCCCAUCGAGACUGUUUGGGGGCAAGACCAUUUGAUGAGGCUACUGGUACAUGGGGGGAAACAUACCAUUUCGAGUCGUACUCCGCAGUGUCUAAAAGAUGCCAUGAUAUUGGAAGUGGUAUAUUGUCCUUAGUUAACACAAAAAGGAAACGUCAAUUGGAAGCCAAUGACUUUAUUGUUGCUAUCCUAUCGCACAAUAACCCUGAAUGGAUCCUGACGGAUUUGGCCUGUCAAGCGUAUUCCCUAACUAAUACGGCAUUGUACGAGACUUUGGGUCCCAAAACUUCUGAAUAUAUAUUAAAUUUAACCGAAGCUCCCAUUCUUAUUUUUGCCAAGUCAAAUAUGUAUCAUGUCCUGAAAAUGCUACCGGAUAUGAAAUUCGUCAAUACUCUUGUUUGUAUGGACGAAUUAAAUGAUAAUGAGCUAAGUAUGCUAAACAAAUCACUUCUGCCCGUCAAGUUCAAUCAACUUAAUGAAAAAAUAACAUUUUUUUCAUUGAAGCAAGUGGAACAAAUUGGUCGUUUCAAUAAAAUCCCUGAAAUCCCACCUACUCCGGAUUCUCUAUAUACGAUUUCAUUUACUUCUGGUACCACGGGUUUACCUAAAGGUGUGGAAAUGUCCCAAAGAAAUAUUGCCUCCGGGAUAGCAUUUGCCUUUUCUACUUUUAGAAUACCACCAGAUAAAAGAAACCAACAAUUACAUGAUAUGUGUUUUCUGCCAUUGGCUCAUAUUUUUGAAAGAAUGGUUAUUGCGUACGAUCUGGCCCUCGGGUUUGGGAUAGGGUUCUUGCAUAAACCGGAUCCAACUGUACUAGUGGAAGAUUUGAAAGUGUUAAAACCCUAUGCAAUCGCUCUAGUUCCUAGAAUAUUGACACGCUUCGAAGCGGGUAUAAAGAAUGCCUUAGAUAAAUCUGCUGUACAAAGAAACGUGGCAAACACUAUAUUGGACUCUAAAUCAGCCAGAUUUACAACGAAAGGUGGUCCAGAUAAGUCUAUUAUGAACUUUCUAGUUUAUCAUCGUGUGUUGAUUGAUAAAAUCAGGGAUUCUCUAGGUUUGUCAAACAACUCCUUUAUAAUUACUGGAUCAGCUCCAAUAUCUAAGGACACUUUACUAUUUUUAAGGAGCGCCUUGGAUAUUGGUAUAAGACAAGGUUACGGCUUAACCGAGACCUUUGCUGGUGUCUGCUUGAGUGAGCCAUUUGAGAAAGAUGUUGGCUCAUGCGGUGCUAUCGGCGUUUCUACAGAAUGUAGAUUGAAGUCUGUUCCAGAAAUGGGAUAUCACGCUGAUAGAAACCUAAAGGGUGAAUUACAAAUCCGCGGUCCGCAGGUUUUCGAAAGAUAUUUCAAAAACCCAAAUGAGACUUCGAAAGCCAUUGAUCAAGAUGGUUGGUUCUCCACUGGUGAUGUUGCGUUUAUUGAUGGAAAGGGCCGCAUCAACGUCAUUGAUCGAGUCAAAAACUUCUUCAAAUUAGCACACGGUGAAUAUAUUGCGCCGGAGAAAAUCGAAAAUAUUUACUUAUCGUCAUGUCCCUAUAUUACGCAAGUAUUUGUUUUUGGAGAUCCUUUAAAGACGUUUUUAGUGGGAAUUGUGGGUAUUGAUGUCGAUGCCGUUCAAUCAACUUUGGCUGCAAGGCAUCCCGUGGUAAAAACAUGGACUGAGGAACGGUUAGUAGAAAACCUAAACCAAGAUAAAAAGCUAGGAAGGGAGUUUUUGAACAAAAUUAAUAAAUGCGUCGAUGGGCUUCAAGGAUUCGAAAAACUGCACAACAUCAAGGUCGGACUUGAGCCUUUAACCCUCGAAGAUGAUGUUGUAACACCGACUUUUAAAAUCAAGCGUGCUAAAGCCUCAAAGUUCUUCAAGGAUACAUUAGACCAGUUAUACGAUGAAGGAUCAUUAAUAAAAGUAGAAAAACUAUAA